CCCUGCCGCGGCUUCGGGGCGGUGCCUCGCGCGCUGGGCGCGUGCGCGGCGGCGGCCGCCGCGUGGCGGUGGUGGGGCAGGCUCGUGGUCACCAUCGAUGGGGUGGUCUACAAGAGCCACCAUGGCGCAUGCAGAGCGGCCGUGCCCGCGGGGCGUGGCCGCAACAAGCCGAGGCAGCCGCCCCCGCCGCCCUACCCGCCGCCGCCCGCGCGGCAGCCGAGCGCCGAGGCCGGCCCCGCACGGGGCGGCCCCGCGGAGAGCCUCCGGGCGCCCCCGGCGUCUGCGGCCAAGGGGCCUGCCGACGACGCGAGCGCCGCGCCGGCCGCGGCGCCCGCCGCGAGCUCCGCGGCAGGCUUCCAGGAGUGGUGCUGCUUCAAGGGCUCGCUCCCGUACAACCCGGCGGACCCCGUGCAGCUGCCGCCGCAGGUGGCCGGGCCCGCCGCGCCGGGCACGCCCGCCCCGUGCUGGCGGGAGUGCGAUGCCGGGGUCUUCGUUGUUCGCAACAUCCGCUACAAACUCACGCAGGAGAAGGUACCCUCUGGGUUCGCUCUGUACGACUGCGUGGGGAUGGACUUGAUUUGCGACUCCAGGAGAGAAUCGACGGCAUCAUGGACAGGAUUGGUCCAGGCCUGCCGCCGAGCCCCAGCGGGGCCCCCGAGUGGCAGGCGGCCUGGGGCGUCCCGCGGGUGCUCCCCGCCAUCAACUCACAGCUGCCGUACACUGCUGGCAGUUGGUUGUCUGCGCACCCUCAGGAGGACGGAGGCUGCAGCGCGAUAUCGCGGUGGCGGAUUUUGUGCUCUCUCGCCAGUCUUGCGAGAUGCUGGCCCAGGGGACCCUGUCUCCAUCUCUGAGACUCUGGCGGCGGUUCGUGGGGGAGGGCGUGUCAUCGAAGGACGGCACGGCGCUGAAGGUCAUGGGUCGUGUGGAAGACAUGGACAGGUUUGAGGUGCCCGAGACGUUUCACCGUUUCAACAAUAACGCCGAUCCUUCUCACGAAGACCGCCACGGUCCUGCAGGGCAGGCUGCCCGAGGUCAUGGAGAUCGACUACGACGUGCGCCUCUGGGUGUACGUGGCCCGCUCUGCCCUGGCGAGCUACCGGCACAGGGCGAAGGAAGCGGAGCUGGAGGUCGCGUACGUGAUCGAGGGCAAGGCUGACGACGAGCUCCCAGAGCAGGUGCUGGGGUGCGCCAGGCUGAAUUACAUGGAUAUCGAGAAGGCGCAGAAGGUGUCGUUGAUGAGAUAGACGCCCCCCUGCCCUCUGUUGCCCGAGUCGGCGUGCCCCUGCCCCGCUCCUUCACAGGUCUCGGAGUCCACGAGGCAAUCGCGGCCGCUCGGCUGAUAGGGAGCGCUAGCACCGCCCAGGCCGAUCGGCUGGUGACGUGCGGGUCAUGCUGGCGCGCACCCCGAGCCAAGACCAUCUGCGG